GGACUGCGUCCUUCCUGCCGUGCCCAGUGGGUAUAUAAGCCCAGACCGCCCGCCCGAAGCCGCCAGCAGACGACUACGAGCGGCGGCGCCGCCUCGGCACCCUGACCUCCCCCACCGGAAUGGACGGCCAUGCUGCACGUUUUCUCGCCGCCGUCGUGACCGAGCCGCUUGCAGUCGGCGAUGAGCUCUAUUCGAUGCGUCCUAUCGAGGUGGAGGACCCCCUGCCCUCCUGUAUGGACGGCCAGGCGCUACCUCUUGGCGGCGUCGUGCGGAAUACAAUUACCGUGUCCGACGUGCUGCAGCCCACGGGCGAGGUGGUGGAGGAGGACGCCCUGCUUGUCGCGCCUGACAUCGUUAAGGGCGAGGUGGAGGAGGAGGAUGCCCUACCCGUCGCGACCGACAUCGUCAACGGCGUCUCUUUGGAUGGCCCAGAGGCUGGCAGUGGUGGCGUCGUGCUCACCUAAGAGCUCCGCGACCGCAUCUUUAAGCUGGCUUCUACAACUUCCUACGGACGAGUUUCUGUUGAAAUAUGUGGAAAAAAAACAAGAAGGGCUUUGGUAAGUAUUCGUUGCAUUAGGUUAUAAAUUUUAGCAUAGACACUGAUAAUGCAAUGCUGACUAGUUCAGAUAUUCUAGUUACUUAGCUGUGUAGAGUGUGACUAUGAGACUGUAGUUCAGUAGUUGUAACAGAGUGCCUGGAUUCCUGGAAUUCUUUUUGGUGUUCAGUAUUCAGGAUGUGUUUUACUGCGUAUUUUAAUUUGUUCCACAUCACAAUUUUUUCCCUCUAAAAUCCUUGGAUUAAAAUAUCCGGUUCUUCAGCAUUGAUCAAUGUGCAGCCCUUGUUCUCCUGUAGUGUUUUUCCCUGCAUUUAAAACACCAGUGGUUAAAUUUGCUCUAGCAAUCGUACAUGCGGAAUGGAGAUGAAAAUGAUGAAAUAUGACAGGUACUUAUGAUGAGGCCUUUGCUUUGGUACUCCUGGUGCAGCUUUCUUUAAGUUGUGCCGAGAAGCUUGUUUAGAUCUCUGUGAAUGCCAAAUUUAUUGAUUUCUGAUUCACUCCGUUCCACUAAGAAAACUAUGGACCGUGGAAUCUUUUGAUUGAGCAAUCACAUAGUGCUUGCUAACUAUUUCUAGCCCUUUGAUACUUUUGCAUGUGUGUUACUGAGACAUCCUAUCUUGGUUUUGCGACCAUUAAAAUAUGCAAAUCU